AUGCCCAAAAAUAGUCGAAAAGUCGCGCGCGUGCAAAUCGCGAGGAGUACCGCCCAGCAGAAUCUUGUCGACUGCGCAUCGUCCGACCAUCAACAGACUGGAGUUAGUGUGCAGGAGAGUGUAGACAGCAUCAGCUACACCACAAGGCAAGUGGAUCGCUCGCUCAACUGGCUUUUCAACCCGUCUGAUCUGCGACUGGUCGACCUGCAGUCACAUCUGACUGUCAUCCUACUUCGUGUGAGU